AUGGUAGAAAAAAGUGAAUCGAAAAGAGAUGGACAUGAAAUUUUUGAAGAUAAAGUAAAUAUCAAGAAACCUAAAUUACUUCAGGAUGAGAAUAUCAAUAUAAACUCUGGCAAUGAAAUAGCUACAAAUAGUGAAGAGAUGCAUAAAGAACAUCAAGAAAACCUGUUACAAGAGAAUGAUAGCAAUCAAGAAAAUCAAGAAGGUGAUCAUAUUAAAGAUAAUACGCUGGAUAAUGUAAAGAACCAGCAAGAUGCUGGUAAUCAUUCUGUGAUAAGUGAAGACCAAAACAAAGAUGUUAGCGUGAAAGCUAAUGAUGAGAAAGAUAACGACCUUGAGGAUAACAAGCCUAUUGGUAUUCAAGAUGAAAUUGCAGAUCAAGACAAGGGUAUCAUUAAAUUUAAUUUUGAUGGUGUUGAUUAUAAAUUUAAAGAAAGAUCGAGUGUCAUAGAGGAAAAACAAGGGAAAAUUGAAUUCCGUGUUGUUAAUAAUGAUAAUACAAGGGAAAAUAUGAUGGUUUUAACUGGUUUGAAAAAUAUAUUUCAAAAACAAUUACCUAAAAUGCCAAAAGAAUACAUUGCAAGAUUGGUUUAUGAUAGAAGUCAUGUUUCUAUGACAAUUAUACGUAAGCCACUGACUGUAGUUGGUGGAAUUACUUAUAGACCUUUUGAAGAUCGAGAAUUUGCAGAAAUUGUGUUUUGUGCCAUUAGUUCAACAGAACAAGUUCGCGGUUAUGGUGCUCACUUAAUGAAUCAUUUGAAAGAUUAUGUACGAGGUACAACAAAGAUUAAAUAUUUUUUGACUUACGCUGAUAAUUAUGCCAUUGGUUAUUUUAAAAAACAGGGAUUUACAAAGGACAUAACGCUAGAUAAGAAAAUUUGGAUGGGGUAUAUUAAAGAUUAUGAAGGUGGUACCUUAAUGCAAUGUUCAAUGUUACCUCGUAUACGAUAUCUUGAUGCAGGUAAGAUUUUACUAUUGCAAGAAGCUGCAUUAAUGAGAGUUAUCAUGACAAAAUCUAAAUCUCACUUAGUUAGAAAAGGUUUAGAACAAUUCAAAGAUUUAAAUAAUAUAAAUCCAAUGGAUCCAAUGGAUAUUCCUGGAUUAAAAGAAGCAGGGUGGACCCCUGAAAUGGAUAAGCUUGCUCAACAGCCUAAAAGAGGUCCACAUUAUGCUGCAAUUCAAAAUAUUCUAACAGAAAUUCAAAAUCAUGCUUCUGCUUGGCCAUUCUUACAACCAGUCAAUAAAGAAGAAGUCCCAGAUUAUUAUGAGGUUAUUAAAGAGCCAAUGGAUCUAAGCACUAUGGAGAUUAAAUUAGAGAAUAAUCGUUAUGAAAAAAUGGAGGAUUUUAUUUAUGACGCCAAAUUAGUUUUUAAUAAUUGUAGGAUGUAUAAUGGUGAAAAUACUUCAUAUUUCAAAUAUGCAAAUAGGUUAGAGAAAUUUUUUAUCAGCAAAGUUAAGGAAAUUCCUGAAUAUUCUCAUCUGGUUGAUUGA